CAGCUUAUGCCAAGUGUCCAGAAAAGUCGCUUGAACGGCCCGGUGCAGCUCCCAAAGCUGAACGGUCCAUCAGCCCUGCCACUCGGGGAGCCAAAGUUCAAGGGGUGCGACGCAAUUUAAUAUAUUUCUCCCAAUUCUUGGCUGCUGUUGCGCAGCCUCGCUUCUCUUCAGCUUCUCUACUGUCUUUAAACUUCCCCUUUGUUUCUGUCUUCGUGUUUCCGGCGGCGUUUUCUUUGGGCAAACAGACAGCCUCUAGUGCUGCGUGAUUGGCGAGUUUGCCCGCCAUGGCCGCCACAUCGACACCCCAGGGCACUUUGCGCCAGCGCAACGUUGGCGCCGCGACGACCAAGAAGUCCAAGGAUGGCGCCUCGGACGACGUCGAGUUGGACAAGCUCGUCAAGGCCGCCGCCGCGGCCAAAUCCCCCGCCGGCUCUGAACGGGACUACAAGGUUGUCUUCGCCGUCAUCACGGCUUUGGCCUUCGUCACCCGGUUCUGGGGGAUCAGCCACCCGAACGAGGUCGUCUUCGAUGAAGUCCACUUCGGCAAGUUCGCCUCGUACUACCUCGAGAAGACGUACUUCUUUGAUGUCCACCCUCCGUUCGGCAAGCUGCUUUUCGCUUUCAUGGGCUGGCUGGUCGGCUAUGAUGGCCAUUUCCACUUCGAGAACAUCGGCGACUCGUACAUCGCGAACAAGGUUCCCUACGUCGCGUUCCGUUCCCUGCCUGCUAUCCUCGGCGCCCUGACCGUCUCGGUGGUGUACCUGAUCAUGUGGGAGUCUGGGUACAGUCUUCCCGCCUGCAUCGUGGCUGCCGGCUUGGUCCUUCUAGACAACGCCCACAUCGGCCAGACGCGUCUGAUCCUGCUCGAUGCCACCCUCGUCUUUGCCAUGGCCUGCAGCUUGUUCUGCUACAUUAAGUUCUACAAGCUGCGGCACGAGCCCUUCUCGCGGAAGUGGUGGAAGUGGCUUAUCCUGACUGGCUUCGCCCUGUCGUGCGACAUUUCCACCAAGUAUGUCGGCCUGUUCGCCUUCAUCACCAUUGGUUCUGCCGUCCUCAUCGACCUCUGGGACCUGUUGGAUAUCAAGAGGCCUGGAGGCGCCCUGAGCCUGGCCGAGUUUGGCAAGCAUUUCGCCGCCAGGGCGUUUGGCCUGAUUCUCGUGCCCUUCCUCUUUUACCUCUUCUGGUUCCAGGUCCACCUCUCCAUCCUCACCCGCUCCGGGCCCGGAGAUGAUUUCAUGACCCCCGAGUUCCAGGAGACGCUUAGCGACAACGUCAUGCUUGCGAACGCCGUCACGAUCGACUACUACGACAUCAUCACGAUAAAGCACAAGGAGACCAAGGUGUACCUCCACAGCCACCCGGACCGCUACCCCCUGAGGUACGACGACGGCCGUGUCUCUAGCCAGGGUCAGCAGGUCACCGGCUAUCCUUUCAACGAUACCAACAACCACUGGCAGAUCCUCCCUGCUGGUGCGGAUGACCAACAGCUCGGCCGCCACGUCAUGAACCACGACCUCGUCAGGCUGCGUCACGUCGUCACCGACACCAUCUUGCUGUCUCACGAUGUCGCUUCUCCGUACUACCCCACCAACCAGGAGUUCACCACGGUCUCGAUUGCGGAUGCCUACGGCGACCGUGCCGCCGACACCCUGUUCGAGGUGCGGAUUGAGCAUGGCAAGCCUGGCCAGGAGUUCAAGAGCGUUUCCAGCCACUUCAAGCUCAUCCACAACCCCAGCAAAGUCGCCAUGUGGACUCACACUACGCCACUCCCGGAGUGGGGUCACAGGCAGCAAGAGAUCAACGGAAACAAGCAGAUUGCCCCGAGCUCCAACGUCUGGUUCGUUGAGGACAUUCCGUCCCUCCCGGCCGACCACAAGCGCCGCGAGAAGCCCGAGAGGCAGGUCAAGACGCUCCCGUUCCUGCGAAAGUGGUUCGAGCUGCAGCGGUCCAUGUUCUGGCACAACAACCAGCUUACCGCCAGCCAUCCCUAUGCGUCGCUGCCUUACCAGUGGCCAUUCCUGCUCCGCGGCGUCAGCUUCUGGACGCAGAACGACACCCGCCAGCAGAUCUACUUCCUUGGCAACCCCGUUGGCUGGUGGAUUGCAAGCAGCGUGCUGGCAAUCUAUGCCGGUAUCGUCCUGGCAGACCAAUUCUCGCUGCGUCGCGGCGUUGACGCUCUGGAUCAUCGCACGCGCUCGCGCCUGUACAACUCAACAGGCUUUUUCUUCCUGGCCUGGGCAACCCACUACUUCCCCUUCUUCGUGAUGGGCCGCCAGCUCUUCUUGCACCACUACCUGCCCGCACAUUUGGCCUCGACCCUCGUGACGGGCUCCCUGGUCGAAUUUAUCUUCAGCCAGGACGCCGCCGAGCACGAGGCGGCCUACCAGGCCGCCAAGGCCGGCAAGAAGGCCGCCGCACCCAAGCGCCACUUGACCGCCCGCGAGCGGUUUGCCGGCCAGAGCUUGCUGGCGUCGUGGAUUGCCACCCUGGUCAUCCUCGCCCUGGUCGCCGCCAGCUGGUAUUUCUUCUUGCCGCUGACCUACGGCUAUCCUGGUUUGUCUGUGGAGCAGGUCCUGAGGCGGAAGUGGCUUGGCUAUGAUCUGCACUUCGCCAAAUAGACAAGUCUCGGGAAGGGAAGGGGGGAAGAGGGGGGGGAGCGCUGCGAUGCUGGGAAGCAUUCCGUGUUUACAUAUUUAACAAGGGGCUGGAGCGUGUAAUGUGCGGUCUUGAAGUUCAGGUGAGCUACGCCCAAAAAAUAGCUGUGAAUAGUGGUGUUUACGCCAGGGCAAUCAGUGGGUUGCGGAGUUAGGGGGCCUGUGAAGUUGCACACUGUAUUUUGAAGUUCUGAACACGUGCAUUUUCACGAUUUAAGAGACGUGUGUUUCCGGGUUCAGGAAAAGAACAAACAUCACUUCAGGCCCAGUUGUAGAAACGUGACCACUUCCCCCCCCCCCCCUC